CUGUCUCCCUUUUCUCUACACUCAUUCUUCCUCUCUUUCUCUCUCUCUCUCUCUCCUUGCUCUAGCACUGCAGUACUGAUUGUGAUUGUGCGCACACACACACACACACACACACACAAGCGUGGCUGAGCGGCAAGGACUGCAGCAGCAUGCACCAACCGCGGCUGAGCUGUUCAGGGGAACGAGGAAGGGGAACUGAGGAGAAUCUAUAGUGUGCUAUUUUCACACCAGGCUGGGAGUGCAUCUUUUCAGUGCUGGGGAUGAUGUAUUUCAAGAGCGGAUAGCUUAUGUUAUCCGGCCUCUUCUGUAUCCCAUUCACCCUGCUCCUCCCACUCCAAUUCUUCCUCCUCCUUCUGUCUACAGCAUCGUUAGACAGGACUACAGAUUGACCGGGACUGGAACGUGGUGGAUGGCCAGGUUUUCCCCUGGAUGAAAGAUUGGCUGGCUAUGCUACAUCCAUACGUCCACUGAUUGCUGGAUUCUAAUUGACAUUAGGAGCUCAAAGAUAACCCACAGCCCUCAAGGAAUCUUGGAUGUGUGUCAUUCUUUACCAGUGUUGUCAUUGGCGCAUUUCCUCUAUUUUUCUGUUGCUUUUGCCGCCUAUGAAACUGGCUAGCAGGCACUGCAGCAUCAGGACCGCAAGACCCAUGAAGUAGUAGGGCAUGAGGACCCAGGGGCGACCCAACAGAAGGGCUUGAGUGCUUCCAUUGCUACCACUGCUGCUGUGGUGCUUAUCUCGAUUUUUUUUUUUCUUCCAGAAAAGGGUGUCUAGUGGGGGUUGUGGUAGGGUGGUGACAGCACAGGUACCCAGGCCCCUGCAGAGCAGGCAGGACGUCCUGUGGGAGAGGGGGAAAGAAGGGCUGGCGUUGGGCUCCUGAUGGUGGCUAUUUUUGUCUCCCCUAGCUGAGUGAUUGGGACAGCUGGUGGAAGAGAAGAUGCUUAUGGCCCGAGACACGGCGCGGGAUGAGGCUCAAAAGCUGCACAGGAAGUGGCUGAAGCACCAGGCCUUUAUGGCGGAACUGGCCCGCAAUAAAGAAUGGCUGGCCAAGAUAGAGCAGGAGGGUCAGGAGCUGAUCCAGGAGAAGCCGGAGCUGCGUUCAGUCGUUCAGCAGAAAAUGGUGGAGAUCAGAGAGUGCUGGUCUGACCUGGAAAGCACCACCAAGGCCAAGGCCCGCCAGCUCUUUGAAAACAACAAGCCCGAGCCGGCGAUGAAGAGCUACUCUGACCUUGACAACCAGCUCUCCCACCUGGAGCAGCAGCCCCCCCAGCUGGAACAGGCACACCACCUGCCCACCUUCAACGAGCAGCUCCAGAAGUUCCAGGCUAUGGAGUCUCAGAUAGGGGACUUUUACAAGGAUGUGGGAGAGCUUGGAAGCUUGCAGGGGGUCUGCCUACCCCAGCGAGGGCUGAUGGCAGGUGACAAGGAAGGCGGCGAGCAGUCAGGCAUGGUGGAGACGCGCAUCGUCCGCCUCAUUGAACCACUGAAGGAGAGACGCCGCAUCCUGCUGGCUUCCAAAGAGAUGCACCAAGUUGCCCAGGACCUGGAGGAUGAAUUACUGUGGAUUCAGGAGAGGCUUCCCCUGGCUUCCUGUAAGGAUUAUGGGAAUAACCUCCAGAGUGUACAGCAACAUGUAAAAAAGAACCAGACACUCCAGAGGGAGCUGACAGGGCGGCGUGCUCGUGUUGAGGAAGUUCUCGACCGGGCAGGGAUCAUCGCUUCACUGAGGACUCCCGAGGUGGAGUUUGUACGUGAAGGGGCGGGACAUGUGCGACAGCUUUGGGAGGUUUUGCAGCUGGAGACAGAGAGGAGGUCUGUGAUGCUGGACGCUGUGCUGCAGGCUCAGCAGUACUACAGUGAGGCAGCUAAAGUGGAAUCCUGGCUGUCGGGUCAGAAGCUCCAUCUAGUCAGUGAAGAAAAAGGCACGGAUGAACCGAGCACCCUGCAGCUGCUAAAGGACCACCUGGCUCUGGAGCAAACGGUGGAAACAUAUGCAGAGACAGUAGGCAUGUUAUCCCAGCAAUGCCAGCAUCUACUGGAACUGGGACACCCAGAAAGUGAGCAGAUCACCAAGCAGCAGUCCCACAUAGAUCGGCUGUAUGUGUCUCUGAAGGACAUGGUGGAGCACAGGAAGACCAAGCUGGAGCAGCAGUACUGGCUCUAUCAGCUCAACAAGGAAGUGGAGGAGUUAGAGAAGUGGAUCACUGAGCGAGAGUCGGUGGCCAGUUCCACCGAGCUGGGCCAAGACCUCGAGGAUGUCACGGUGCUUCAGGAGAGGUUCACUAAGUUUGCCUCCGAAACCAACAACAUUGGCCAGCAACGCAUGGAGCAGGUGAACAAAAUGGUGAACGAAAUGAUCGACUGUGGUCAUUCAGAUGCAGCCACCAUCGCUGAGUGGAAGGACAGCCUGAACGAGUCAUGGGCUGACCUCCUGGAGCUGAUGGAGACCCGCAGACAGAUGCUGGCAGCUUCGCACCAGCUCCACAAGUUCUUCACUGACUGCAAAGAGGUCUUGGCUCAGAUCGCAGGGAAGAUGAAGCAGCUGCCAGAAGUGAGGGCAUGCCAGGCCAACAUCACCAAUCCAGCCACCCUGCAGAGACUUAUGCACUCCUUUGAGCAUGCCCUUCAACUGCUAGUUGCACAGGUGAGGCAGCUGCAGGAGAACGCUGCCCAGCUGAGGACCAUCUAUGCUGGGGAGAAGGCUGAGGCCAUCAUGGUCAAAGAGCAGGAAGUGAUGGAGGCGUGGAAAGAGCUGCUGAGCUCUUGUGAGGCCAGUCGUGUCCAGGUUACGUCAGUAACUGACAAGGUGCAGUUCUUCUCAGUGGUUCGUGAAAACCUGAUGUGGAUGGAGGGCAUCAUGGGCCAGAUAGGAUGGGAUGAGCCCAGGGAUUUGACCGCACUGGAGGUGAUGAUAAAACAACACCAAGAGUUGAAGGCCAAAAUAGACGGCCGCAGCAAGACCAUACUACAGUGUGCAGAUCUGGGCAAGAUCCUGAUAGCUGCAGGCAACCCCGCAUCCGAAGAGAUAAAAGAGAAGUUGGACAGCCUUCUUUCUAAGCAGAAGGAUCUUGUUGAAAAAUGGGACAAACACCAGGAGAAGAUACAGCGCAAGCAGGAACAGUUCCAGUUUGCCCAGGAGACCGUAAGGGCAGAAGCCUGGCUGAAAGCCAAGGAGCCGCUGAUCACCUCCAAGGGGCCAGAGGGAGGAGAAGCCCAGGCCCAAACAGAUGAGGCUGAGCAGCUCAUCCUUCGCCACGAGGCUUUCCGCAAGGCUGCUGUAACCUGGAAGGAACGCUUCAGCUCCCUCCGCCAGCUUUCUGCAGCUGAGAAGAAAAAAGAGGAGGAGAAAAAAACAACCCCACUGUCCAGUCGAAGGAUGUUCCCAUUAUCUUGUCUGACUCCAAACGUUGCCUCAACCAGUGCUACCUCACCUUUCUUGAGGCACACGGUACAGGCAAAUAUAGAACACAAACCCUUACAGACCUGUCUGGAUCUCGGUGCCACCCCUGCAACCCAGAGAUUGUCUUCAGCACUAGCCAGCUACAACCCAGUUAUAAAUGGAUCAGGCUACCACGGACUGGAACAGCACUGCAGUGGAAAGUUGGUGAGCUCCUCGUACCUUGGGAUGAACCACCAGGCAGCCGGGGGUGGAAGUGACUCCGGUUUCUCAGCGUUGACCUCCCAGAGUGGUGGAGCAGACACUUCUACUUACCUUGGGAUAAACCAUCAAACCGUUGGCAGUGCAGAAAGUUCUGGAUACUUUGGACUAACUGCUGGUUGUGUAGGUAGUAUGCAAAACCAUCUUAGCAGUGGCAGGUUAGGGAGUUCGGGUAACCUAGCUCAGCAGCCAAGCAGUGUAGGUCUGGGAAGCCCUGGCUUUCUUUCUCAACAGAAUAUGGGCAGUUCUGGAUAUUUGACCCAAACACAAAAUAUGGGAAGUCCUGGAUACUUAGGACAGAAGUCUAAUUUAGGGGGUUCUGGGUAUUUACCACAACAGCCUAAUAUGGGGAGUUCUGGGUAUUUGGCACAACAGCCUAAUAUGGGGAGUUCUGGGUAUUUGGCACAACAGCCUAACAUGGGAAGUUCUGGGUAUUUGGCACAACAGCCUAAUAUGGGGAGUUCUGGAUACCUUGCGCAGAAUUAUCCGAGUAGUGGGGGAUUAGGUAGCUCAGGUUUACUGGCACAAAAUCAUUACAGCAGUGGAAGUCUGGGCAGUUCUGGUUACCUAGCUCAGAGUGGUGGCAUCAUGGACCCUAAAAUGGCAUAUGCAUGGCAGCACCUAAAAGCUGACUUCAUGCAGCCCAGGAUCAACCACAUUCACAAGGCCGUAAACCCCCUCUUAGAAGCCAGCAGAGUGCAGCGGGAACAGUUUGGUGACAUCCCAAUGGCAGACAUGAUGGGGCCAGAGUCUGGGCUGGAGCUCCUCCAUGGCCGUCUGCAGAGGGAUCCUCGUGGUAGCCGCUCUGACCCUCAGAUGGACCAUCUGAGGCGAGAAAGGGAGUACAAGCUGGGUAGACAGACCUCCAGCGAACAAGAGAUCCAGGCCAGGCUGAACGAGCUGCCAAUGAUUGUGCGUCAGGAGCGCUACCGGAGACGCCUGGAGAGGCAGUCAUCCAGUGAACAGGAGGGAAAUGGCAAACAGAGAAUCCAGAGACAGGACUCGAGUGACCUCGAGGGCUCCAUUAAAGAAGGCUCUGAGAAACGCUCAGGGGAGAAGAGAUCUACCAUGGCAGAGAUUGUAGAACAGGUCCAGGAGAGAGAGGCAGCAAAUGCACGAGGAGAGCCCUAUCGGCCUCCUAGCAGCCUCUCAGCACCAGUGACUCGUUUUGACGGACGUCCACGUGCACGAGACCGUCCAAAACCAAGGAGAAGGCCCCGUCCAAAAGAGCCUGAGGAGACGCGACGUUCUCGCUCAGCCCCAGCAACUGGAGCUCCAACGACACCCCAGCCACCUUCACACACUGCCCAUAAUGAAGGCUCCCUUUACCGCAAAAAGGCCACCAGCUCUGACCUAGAAGCUCAGCAGAGGAGCCCCAACAGGGUUGAACCGGACCGAAGUAAGUCCUGGGUGAAUGUUUAUUGUGUGCUGAAAGAGGGAAAGCUGACCUUCUACAAGGAUGCCAGGAACCACAACACAACGUACAAUGGAGAGCCUCCCGUCAACCUUAGUAACUGCUCAUUUGAUUCUUCAAUGGGAUACAAGAAAAAGAAAAAUGUUUUCAUUCUUCAAGUAAACGACGGAAACAACUUUGUAUUCCAUGCAAAAGACGAGGAGGAUCUGAAGGCUUGGAUUUCAAACAUCGCUACCUGUAUAGCUGAGCAUGAGGACAUGGCCAAGUGGGACAAGCCUGGCACCUCGUCCAUGGACCCUGACCGCUCGGAGAGGAAGGAGAGGUCAGAGGGCGACGCAGACGCCAGGUCAGAGAGGUCUGAGCUCGCCGAAGGCGAAGAGAGGUCUGAGAAGGAGAGGUCAGAGAAAGGGGAUGGCUCUGAGAAGUUAGACACAUCUGAAAUCGCAGACAAGAUGGAGGGCGGGGCUGGGGGCUCCAGCACGUCUGGAAAGAGCAAAUGAGGAGCCCCUUUUGUGUUUUAAUGUUACUCACUGACAAAAGGUGUAGGAGGCGGUGGGUGGGAGGGAUGGAUGGAGAGCAUGUGCAGAUAGGUUUGCAGAUCCUCAGUCACAGAGCCGGAGCACACUGAGGCCACGGUCCUUGGACUGACUACUGUAACUGUGACAGACUCAUCUUUUAGCCCCUCCCCUUCACCCAGGCAAUACAUCAGUACUUGCAUUGGGCGUCUGCUGGUAGACAGGAGGUUGACCCAGACAGACAGACAGACAGACUGACUCCAACAGUGGUCCCAGGAAUUAGUCACUGUCAUGUCCCAUUGUUGAUCGUUUAAUCUCUUGGAUUCACAGCAUCCUUCUGUAUGUAUCUUUGACUGAUAAUGUAAUACUCUGUCUAUCUAGACAAACCCAAAAAGUGGUGAAUGAAAUGUUCCAUGAUAUUUAAAAAAAAAAAAGAGGAAAUGUUUUUUUGAAGCAAUAUACUUUUUUAUUUCUUCUCUUUGUUAGAGAUAGAAAAGGGGAAAAGGAAACAAGAAAUAGUUGCAACUCUAUGAUUUGUCACUUCCACGUAAACUUAUGCGAGGCAGUUGUGCACCUUAGACACCUGACACAUCUGUAUACUAAUCAUAAUGACAUUUAAUCCCAUCACAUGGCUAGCUUUCAAUCAUGUUAAUGUAAUGGAAUGCUGUGUUACCCACCUGACUUCAUCGGUGUCAACGAAUACACAUUUCUACGCUUUCAUUUCAGUUAUUUUUAUUGUUAUCACCAUUAUUAGUCCACAAUGAUCCAUGUCAAGAAAAGAGCUUUCCAUCAGAUUCCAAUCCAUUCACCACAGGUGUGUGGUUCAAAGUGGCAAUGAUCAAAGUAACACUUGUAUACAUGACAAAAAUCAGAACAUUGCAUGAAAUAAUCUGUUCCAGAGGUAAGUCUGACAAAGUAGGGUUGUCUUCUAUCAACAGUACGCAUGAGAACGAGGGCGGGGGUGUACUGUACCAGAGUACUGACUACUCUUCGAUCUGUAACAUAAAUUAAGAAGCCAAAUGGCCCCUCUGCUGUUUGAACUGUAUCACUGAAAUUUAUUUUUCCUCAGAAUGUACUUAUUUCAGCUGUGAAGUGUCCAGUCGCCACAAAGUCGGUGGUGCCCAAAAUUGUAAAACCCUGAGGCAGUUUGCUGAGAGUUAAACCUCUCUGUACCCUGUUUUUCAUUUGAAGUUCAGACCGAUUGGAAUCUCUCCACCAAAGGCAAGUUAAGUGUAAAACUGUCAUGAUUGAAGUCAUGAGUUGUAUAUAUCUAUCUUUGUAUGCAUACCAAUAAAUCCUGUGCUCUAAUAAAACAAUACUCUGAACGAAAUGGGUAAAAUUAAAACAUUUGUAUUAAUCCACAAAUUUAAAAAAAAAAAACAAUCAUCACUCAGAUAUAUUAAUGUUUAUUACAUUUAAAUGAAAAAUAUGCAAAUUAGGAGUCACUAUUAACUAUCAUAGUGUAUAUAAAUACACCAGUAUCUAGUUGUAUUAAACACCUUUUACCAGGGAAGAGCAGGGACAUACAGUAGGUAUGCUUGUUGUAUUUUUAUACGCUUAUAUUUAUUCAUAUCAGAUUCAGGAGUUGCCCUGCAGCCCCAGUAAGAACUUGUAAUAAUAGCUGAUUGAGUAGUCAGUGUGUCUGUGAGAGGUGUGCUAAAUUUAUGUAUUACCAACAAGAAAUAGUCAACUAGACUGGGCAGUUCACUUACGCUCCUCUGGAUAAUUGAAUUCAUUGGUGAUUUAUCUGAAGUACAGUGUGCUGUGAUCACAGAGAUAGACAGGCAUUAGUCCACUUAUUUUUCGUCAUUUAUGUCACUCAUUUUUACAUAAAUGAGGACAGUUAAGCUUCCCCUUUAAAUCAGUGAAAUGUGGUCAUUUUGACUUAUAAAAUAUGGAGGAAAUACAUAUGUAGUAUCAUGAAACCUAGGCACAUUCGGAUUGGCUGUCAGAGUGUUUUCCUGUAUUUCCAUCAUGUCAAACUGAAAUGUUAAAAAAAUAGUAUGUUAAAAAAGAAAAAAAACAGUCUUCCUUUCUAUUAAAACACCAAAAGCAUAUAUCCGAUGCAGCAAUGUUUGAAUUCACUGACGUGAAUAUUAUUUGGCAGUGUUGCUGUAUCUGUCUGCAUUACUGCUGGCCUUCAGAUACGGUAGGUUGAAGGAGAGCAGAUGCUGUUAAAAUGUGAAUGUUAUUUUUUAAAUUUGUGAGCCAUUGUUUGUCUUUACAUACGUGCCAUGCUGUGCAGUUUGCUGAGAGAGUCCUUCAGAGGAGAGACCAUUUGGUUAUUUGAACAACUAACAUUUCAUCUGGCUCCACAGCCAUCUGACAACGAGCCUUGUCAGUGCAAUACAUAUUUUUAUCACUGAAUUAGGAACUACAGUAUUUUCACGUGGCUGUCCUUGUUCUGAGUCAUUGCUCAUGGCAGAUAUAUCCCGCAUCACCAUGGGCAUUUUAAAUGUUUGCUUCCCAUCACUUUUAUGAAAAACAAAGGAUUUUUUUCUUCCCCCUAUCUUCUACCAGUAACAGGGUAAAAAUUAAAUAGGCAGCAUAAACUGUGACUGGAGAAAAAAUAUAUUGUGCAAACUCUGUUUUCUUCAUUGAUGGUCUUACAACUGUGUAUGCCUUUGUUACCUUACAUGAAAACGUUGCUGCUAUGACAUUAAAUAAACCUCCAACCUUGCUGAUGCAAA